CUCACUACCAGGUUUCCUGUCUCUCGGUUUAAGCACGUCUCUGCAGAAGUAACAGGCGCCCUCCCCAGUGGGCUCCUGCUCCCAGCCCUCACAUCAACACACCUGUGCGAGAAGCAGAGGGGAAGAGAGACACAGGCCCAGAGGCCCUGCCCUGUCUGCUGGGGAAGGUGCAGGUCCCUGCCUGCCUCAGCAAGGCCACAAUGGACCUGGGAACCUCUCUUAGGCACCUGUUCCUGGUGCUACAACUGGCGAUGCUCCCAGCCGGCACUCAGGGGAGAACAGUGGUGCUGGGUAAGGCAGGAGACCUAGUGGAACUGCCCUGCCAAGCUCCUGAAGAGAAGAACUUGCCCUUCACCUGGAAAAAUUCUCAGAACAUAAUUCUGGGGAUGAGGGGCAAGGGCUCCUUCUCGAUCAAAGGUGCCUCCAAGCUGCGCGCUCGCGUAGAAUCAAAAAAAAACCUGUGGGACCAAGGAUCCUUUCCUCUGAUCAUCAAGGAUCUUGAAGUAACAGACUCUGGGACUUACAUCUGUGAAGCGGGGGGCAAGAAGACAGAGGUGGAGUUGCUGGUGUUCAGACUGACUGCCAGCUCCGACCGCGUGCUGCUGGGGCAGAGCCUGACCCUGACCUUGGAGAGUCCCUCCGGUAGUAACCCUUCAGUGCAAUGGAAGGGUCCGGGGAACAGAAGCAGGAAGGAGGGCAAGAGCCUGUCACUGCCCCAGCUGGGGUUGCAGGACAGCGGCACCUGGACGUGCACCGUCUCCCAGGACCAGCAGACACUGGUGUUCACCAGGAACAUCCUGGUGCUGGCCUUCCAGAAGGUCUCUAGCACAGUCUAUGUGAAAGAGAGGGAGCAGGCGGUGUUUUCCUUCCCACUCACCUUUGAAGACGAAAGCCUGAGUGGGCAGCUGAUGUGGUGGCCGGCGAAGAGGGUUUCCUCCUCCGAGUCCUGGAUCACAUUCUCCUUGAAGAACAUGAAGGUGUCUGUGGAAACGGUUCACAAGGACCUCAAGCUCCAGAUGAGGGAGAGGCUCCCGCUCCAUCUCACUCUGCCCCAGGCUUUGCCACAGUGCGCGGGUUCUGGAAACCUGACCCUGGUUCUCACCCAGGGGAAGAGGAAGUUGCAUCAGGAAGUGAACCUUGUGGUGAUGAGAGUGACUAAGUCCCAGAACAGUUUGAUCUGUGAGGUGCUGGGACCCAAGUCCCCCGAGCUGACACUGAGCUUGAAGCUGGAGAACCAGAGCGCGAAGGUUACAAAUCAGCAGAAGCUGGUGACGGUGCUGGACCCUGAGGCAGGGAUGUGGCAGUGUCGACUGAGUGACAAGGACAAAGUCCUGCUGGAAUCCAAGAUCGAGGUUUUGCCUCCCGUGCUCACCCAGGCCUGGCCAAAGCUCCUGGCCUUCGUGCUGGGCGGCAUCACAGGCCUCCUGCUUCUCACGGGGUUCUGCGUCCUCUGUGUUAAGUGCUGGCGCCGCAGGCGCCAGGCAGAGCGGAUGUCUCAGAUCAAGAGACUCCUCAGUGAGAAGAAGACCUGCCAGUGUCGCCACCGGCUCCAGAAGACCUAUAAUCUCACUUGAGGCCCCGGCCAGGAGGAGGUUCCACCUGCAGCAUCCCCAGCUGUCUUCCCCUGCCUUCCUGGGCCUGCAGACCAGAUGAAUGUAAUCCACUGAGUGCCUCUGGCCACCCCCUGCCCUCCUCUUCCAUUGUAGGCCUUGGUUCUCCUCUUCCAGAGGCUCGCUGGCACCCUCUCUUCCCCAUCUCCUUUUUGCUCAAACUCUGGCCCUUCAUUGAUUUCUUCUCGACUCUCUCCCUCACUGCUCACCUGGAUCACAGAGGCGCAUGUGGGACCAGCCCUGCCUGGCCUGGAGGGGGAGGCUGGGUGUCUGAAGCACGAAGCACAGGCCUGUCACUGUACGGGAGGAGACCCUGGGACCAGAGGCGGCAAGGACUAGCCCCAGAUCACACACGCAGUCAAGGAGAGUUCAGGAUCCAAAGGCUUCUGACUGCCAGCCUGCUCUGCUCCAUUCUACCUGUCUCCCCCUGCGUUGGCAGAAACACAGAUUCACAUCCUUACCUGACACAGACAGGCACCCAGGCACGCUUGUGCGCACACACAACUCCAUAUCACCCAAGCAGCACGGCUCGGUUUAUAAACCAGUUUCACAUCCUUUGUCUAUUUGAACCUCAUGAACAUCCUACAAGGCUGGUGGUGACAGGAUCGAGAUUAGCAUCUCCAGCUGACAGACUGGAAAUGGAACUCAGAGAGGGCAGAUGAUAGCCCUGGUUCACACAGCCAGUAAGUGGACUAGCCAGGACUCCAGCCCUCUGGUUCCACUGCUGUCUCUUGAACACGGGGACAAAUACCACACAGAUCUCUGCAGCUGGCUAGUCAUAGAUGCCCAGCAUGUACUUGGAUUCACAGGAGCCCUCCAGCACAGGGAGGUUGCCUCAGAGAGUUCAGGAACCUGCGGGAGGGCCUCCCUGCCUCACCUGCUGGCAGCCUCCCUGUUCCCAGGGCACAAAACCGGCAGUUCUCCUAAUUAGGACACAGGCUGGGAGCACAGGGCCUGUGGGGGAGAGUGUCCAGCGACCCACUACUCACCUUGUGCAGAACCUUCUGGAAGGUGAACUUUGCCAGAGAGAAGGGGUGGGGAGCUGGCCAAAGACUGAACCCUCUGAGGGGACCUCCUGUGAAGGCUGACAGCCCUGGGCCUUGGUCCCCCUGCCCUGCACCCUCCUUCAUCCCUCUCCCAAACCACUCAGGACACAAGAAAAUUGGGGUUCCAAGUUUUCUUCUUCCUCCUCUCCUGAUCCAUUUCUCUCAGGACCCCCAGCUCCUCUGUCCCUCUCUCUCCCUUCCCUUCCUCACUACCUCCUGCAGUCCCUACCUCCUUUUCCUUUUCCAGCUUGCCUCUUCCAGGAAGAACACCCAGCUGCCGUCAGGGCUCCCCAUGGCUUGCUCUGUAUUCCUGCCCACUCCCCACCCCUGCCUUCCUGUGCUGAGAGAAAAAUAACAACAUACUUACAGUAAAGAA